AUGUCGCCGCCCACAGAGCCCAUCCACAUCACUUACAUCAAUGGCCCGGAUGUUGCCGCCUUGAAUCUCACCAACGAGGAGAUUCUCGGGGCCAUUGAGACAACUCUCGAUGCGCAGGGCCGCAAAGAAACUGUCAUUGAGCCUCGUGUUCAUCUUGUGCCGCGUGACUCUGCAAAGGGCCACUUCAACGUCUUGCGCGGCGUCGUGCAUCCUCUCCAUGUCGCAGGCGUCAAAGUGGUCAGCGACUUUGUCGACAAUUACAAGCUAGGCUACCCCUCCGAGUUUGCGUUGCUCAAUCUGUUUGACCCAGAGACGGGCGUGCCUAAGGCAGUCCUGGAUGCAACAAGUAUCACUGACAUGCGCACUGGCGCCGUCACAGCGCUCGGUGCAAAGCACCUAGCUCGCAAAGACGCCAAGAUCCUGGGACACAUUGGCGCACGCGGAAGUUCGUACUGGAAUAUCCGACUCAUGGCCAGUUUGUUUGACUUUGACGAAAUCCGUAUACACUCGAAGCGCAAGGAGAGCAGAGAGGCUCUGGGAGCACGGCUAGAGAAGGAACUAGGACGGCCCAUCAGCGUGCUGGAUAAUUGGGAGGACACCAUCAAAGGUGCGGACAUUGUAGUGGAGGCAUCCCGACUCACAGCACCAGAACCGCUGCUGAAGACAGAAUGGAUUAAGAAAGGUGCAUUGGUUAUGCCGUAUGGCACAAUGAGUGCAUUAGAGCUUUCCCUCACGGAUAUUAUGGACAAGAUGCUUGUGGACGAUUGGAGCCAGUGUCGCAAGGGAUUGCCGCUUGGUGCGCUGCGCCAGCAUGUGGACAAUGACAAACUGACAGAGGAGAAUCUACACGCGGAAUUCGGCCAAGUGGUUGCGGGAAUCAAACCAGGUAGAGAGUCAGACGACGAGACGAUACUGUUUUGGCAUCGCGGCCUCAGUCUAAGCGACAUUGCGUUGGGAAGUGCCAUUCUGGAAAAGGCAGCCAAGCUCAACAUUGGCCAGCAAUUACGAUACGCUUAA